AUGAAGGAAGGAGAGAUAGGUAGGUCCAAGAAGUUCAAAGAGAGUGCCAGGUUAUUUUUUAAGAAGAAAAGUCGGUCGCUUACAUGGACGGGACAGGGCCACGGCGGUGGCGGAGGACGGCGACGAGGGCCUGGUUCUGGGAGUUCUUUACGGUAUGAUUUGGUGACGAGGCAGAACAGAGGAGUUUUGCAAGGUGGCAGUCUGGGUGAGGGUGGUGGUGGUUCUGCACGGUCAGCUAGGGCGGUGAGUGGUGGUGGGUCGGUGUUUGCUAAGGAGCGGGGGGGUGUUUCUGUGGGGCGGCGAUCUUUGGCGGAGCAGGGCUCUUUACUUAUCUAUGGGGAUGGUGUUGUUGAUCAGAGGAGAUCUAGAAAUAGCUAUGGUGGUGGUUUUUCGUCGUCGUCGUCGUCGUCGUCGUCAUCGAUUGGUAUGUCGCUUAAUGGGGACCCUGGCAAUUUUUAUGGGUCCAAUUCUAGACCGGGGAGUUGGCUAAAUAUGGACAAGGAUGUCCAGCAGACAGCGUCUUCUAAUUCGAAUUUGGCGGACGGAGAAGAGUUAUCGGAAAGGUUAUCAGACGGAAUGAUCAUUGAACACCUCCAUGAGGGGAAAGGAGCUGUAAAGGGAAGCAUAUAUUUGUCAGAUGAAAAAAGCGCAACAUGCAACGGUGGCAUUUUGUCUUCUUUUUUGUCGGUCGCUCGAAACGCGGCUCAGCAGCUUAUUACCAAGAGUUCAGGAGAUACAAAUACAGCAUUGCUAGAUGAUUGGAAGACGCAACAGGACAAUGUCCUCGAUAACGUUGAGCAUCCUUUGAACACAAUGGCAAGAAACACCUCCUUUUUAAGGCACUUGGAUUUUGUGCUUGCUGCUAACCGAUCCGAGGAGGUGUUAUCGUCAUCUAAUACUAAUAAAGAUUCCACGGCGGUACAGCAGAAUACAGCACAUAUAGUAGAGAACAGUGACAGCAGUAAUGUUAGAAAUGCUAAAUCUGAAGGUAACACACCCGAUAGGCGUGAGCAGACUGGAGAUAGGUCACCCAGUAUAAUUUUUGAUUAUCACGGUAAAAAACUUAUCUGUGGUGCUAAUGGUGAAGGGGACGUUGAUAGCAUUAGAUCAGGUUCAUCGAGGAGUCAGUUUUCUAUAACGAGUUUCGGCGAUGGUGACUUGACCUUGGAUUAUUUUGCAAAGGGUGACGGUGCGUUAACUCCUCCUGAGCGGUUUCCUGAAAGCAUGCUAGCAACCUCUACCGAGAGAGUGCGUUCGAUGUCGCCUACUAAUAAAAAGGGUAUUGUUUCCAGUGCCAAUGUUUCCUCAAGAAAACGUUGUAAGACUCUGCCAUCGAAAGCUCUUUAUGUUUCUACGUUAUCUUAUUCAGAGAGCCCAAAAUGGAAUACUUCAUCUAGUAAUAAUGAUACCCCAAAGAGUUCUAGUAUUGACAAGAACUUGGAGCUUGCUCACACUCCACUUGAAAAAAGCGGAUCUCCAUAUCGUGAGGAGGAAAACUCGAGCAAUAAUAGCACAGUGGCAGCGGCAGAAGCAAGGCAUUUUCCACCCGUAAGGUCCUUAAGUAGGUCGUUCCUCACAUCAAAUACACGCGUGAAUCGUUGCGCAUCGUUAUCAUUUGGGAGUAGAGGAGCCAACCAAUAUUUGGACCAGCAAUAUCUGUCAAAGAGUGGGGGUUUAAGUUCUCCCAAUGUGCCUCAUUUUGAUAAUACAAAGGUCUUUUCUAUUAUAUCUGCACCAGAGUUGGAAGAUGUCGUCUAUGCUUCCGACAAGAGGAAUGUGGAUUUCCAUGGUCUAUUUAAGGAUACUGAGAUUUCUCCAGGUGAAAAGUUGUUAUCUGAUUUCAGUUGUGCGUUAUCUAAGGAUAUUCUUUUACAAGGUAGGUUAUAUGUUUCCUCAGAACAUAUCUGUUUUUAUUCGAAUAUCUUGGGUUAUGUUAGCGUCGUUGUCAUCCCACUUGGCGAAGUAGUUCAGAUCGAAAAGAAAAACACUGCGGCCAUAUUUCCAAAUGCGAUUGCCAUUCAUACCCUACAGAAGAAGUACGUGUUUGCCUCAUUUAUGUCGCGGGAUACUGCUUUUGAUUUGAUAACAAAUGUGUGGAACCAGAUCGUUCUUGGCCCUGCUGGGAGCCACUUGGGAACCCAAAGUGACGGAAGUUCUUCCAAUCUCGGAGAGCCGGGUCUCGAAUAUAAAUUAGGCUGUGAUGAACCAAAUGAAGAGAGCCAUAUUCUUUUAGAUGAUGACGAUGGAGAAGAAUACGAAGAGGAUUCUGAUUAUUCUACCAACGAUGAAUUGUCAGAUGUUGAAAAAAAUGGAUCUUCUAAACAAGUGAUAUCCAAAGAGAGGAGAGGGUCUGGUUUAUCUACUUUAGGUCCUCAGGAACACACACCAACGUAUUCUUUAUAUAGCCCAGCUUCUAAUGAACAUAAGGUUAUCAAAGCACAUUUUUCUGCCCCCCUUGGGAAAGCUGUCAAUCUUCUUUUUGGUUCUGAUGUUUCCUAUUUGACAACCAUAUUGAGUUCGCAGCAGAAUUAUAAUAUAUCAGAAAUAAAGCCGCUAAUAGGAUCAAAGGAACGGUCCUACGAUUAUUGCAAACCGCUCUCUUCUCCGAUUGGACCUAACAAAGCUACAUGCUAUGUCACCGAAUCUCUUUUGCAUUAUGAUUUGGAAGAUUAUGUUAAGGUCGUUCAAAUUUCUAAGACGCCUGAUAUUCCUUCAGGUAACUCGUUUUACGUCAGAAAUGUAAUAUUACUCAAUUGGGGAGAAGAUAAUAGUUCUGAAUUGGUUGUAUACAGCACUACAGAGUGGACUGGAAAAAGUUGGAUUAAAUCGACAAUAGAAAAAGCUUCUUUAGAUGGUGUCACUUCCGCAAUGAAGAGCAUGGUAGAUUUCAUGGAGCAGACUUUGAACUCGCCGAAGAAAGAAGUCAGGUAUUUGACAAACGAAAAACAACUCAAACCAGUUAGCAUACUCCCAACUAUUGGCCCGCAGGAACAUGCUCCAACAUCUAAUAAUUACUCAAAGGCUCCUGGAGAAGUAGUUGUUGACAGAACUAACAUCAAUGCUCCCUUGGGCACUGUUUUCAAACUUAUAUAUGGCGAUGAUUCUUCAUACCUAAGACAAAUUAUGGAUAAGCAAAAGAAUUUUAAUAUCUCUGACAUUCCUUUAUUCGAAAAUGGUAGCAGAAGUUAUUCAUAUAUGAGGCCAUUGAACAAUCCCCUUGGUGCAAAGCAAACGAGAUGUUUAAUCGAGGAAAAAAUAGUGCAGGAAGAUUAUGAGUCCUACACCUGCGUUGAACAGAUCACAAAGACUCCGGAUGUCCCAUCAGGUAACUCCUUUGAAAUUCACUCACGUACAUACUUAUCAUGGGGUCAAAGUAAUUCGACAGAUAUACUUAUAGUCACUAGUAUUACCUGGGUUGGAAGGAGUUGGAUAAAGGGAGCUAUAGAAAAGGGUUCACUGGACGGCCAAAAAAAUGCUGCUAAGGUACUAUUUGAAGAAUUGACAGCCAUAAUAACGGCCGCCAGCUCAAAAAAGAAGGGAACUACACCAAGAAGAAGAAGUUCUCAGAGAAAGAGAAAAUCCAAGCUCUUAAAAUCAAACGAUGAGGCCCCAAAACUUACUGCAGAGGCCGGUUCGCCAAGUAUUAUUAGUAAGUGGAAAUCUGCUUUAUAUGAUAUGAGUGAUGUAUCCUUCUGGAGAACGUUAACUUUCAUUUUUGCUCUGCUGUUCAUAACAGCAGCUGGCAACUUGUACUAUUACAAACCAAAAACGAGGCAUGAAGGAAUGCAUACACCCAACAAAAUAACCAUUGAUGGUGUUGAGUACAACCUCAUACCAAGCAUAAACAUUUUAUCCAGACUCAAUAAUCAACCCAAAAUCAACCGUAGAGAUCUGGAACCGAAUCAUACCAUGGCUGAAGAUUCCAUAUGGAGUUGGAUGUCCACCAGAGGUGUUGGACCCGAAGAUCAUAAUGAUCUAUCCAAAGACCGUGUUCCUAUCAUAGAUAUAUGA